AUGCAGGCCCCUGUCUUGGUAAUGAGUACAGCUCCCCGCAUCACCAACUCCUUGCCUCUUCCCGAUGGGAUAUCCGUUGCUGACGGCUCAACAGACACCCAGAGCGGUGACCGGACGACCGGUCGCCGCGCCCAGAUCUCCAAUAUUGCUGCCGCGAAGACCGUCGCCGACAUCAUCCGGUCAUGCCUCGGCCCCAAGGCCAUGCUCAAGAUGCUGCUCGAUCCCAUGGGCGGCAUCGUGCUGACCAACGAUGGGCAUGCUAUCCUCCGCGAGAUCGAGGUAUCGCACCCCGCGGCCAAGAGCAUGAUUGAGCUGAGCCGGACCCAGGACGAGGAGGUUGGCGAUGGGACUACGACGGUUAUCAUUCUGGCCGGCGAGAUCCUCGCACAGGCCCUGCCCCAGCUCGAGCGCAACAUCCAUCCCGUCAACAUCAUCGCUGCCUUUAAGCGCGCCCUCAAGGACGCCCUGCAGAUCAUCGAGGAGAUCUCCAUGCCCAUCGACGUCAACGACGACAAGGCCAUGUACAAGCUGAUCAACGCGUCCAUCGGCACCAAGUUCGUCUCGCGCUGGUCCGACCUGAUGUGCAGCCUGGCGUUGAAAGCCGUGCGCACCGUGACCUGGGAGGCGAACGGCAAGCGCGAGGUGGACAUCAAACGGUACGCGCGCGUCGAGAAGGUGCCGGGCGGUGAGAUCGAGGACAGCCGCGUGCUGGACGGCGUCAUGCUCAACAAGGACAUCACGCACCCCAAGAUGCGGCGGCGCAUCGAGAACCCGCGCAUCGUGCUGCUCGACUGCCCGCUCGAGUACAAGAAAGGCGAGUCGCAGACCAACAUCGAGAUCACCAAGGAGGACGACUGGAACCGCAUCCUACAGAUCGAGGAGGAGCAGGUCAAGGCCAUGUGCGACGCCAUCCUGGCCGUCAAGCCCGACCUCGUCAUCACCGAGAAGGGCGUCUCCGACCUCGCUCAGCACUACCUGAUGAAGGCCAACGUCACCGCCUUGCGCCGCGUUCGCAAGACCGACAACAACCGCAUCGCCCGCGCCGUCGGCGCCACCAUCGUCAACCGCGUCGAGGACCUGCAGGAGUCCGACGUCGGCACCGGCUGCGGCCUUUUCGAGAUCGAGAAGAUCGGCGACGAGUACUUCACCUUCUUGACCCAAUGCAAGAACCCCAAGGCCUGCACCAUCCUGCUGCGAGGCCCGUCUAAGGACGUGCUCAACGAGAUCGAGCGCAACCUGCAGGACGCCAUGGGCGUCGCGCGCAACGUCAUGUUCCACCCACGCCUGUCGCCCGGCGGCGGCGCGACCGAGAUGGCCGUGUCGGUGCGCCUGGCGCAGAUGGCGCGGCAGAUUGAGGGCGUGCAGCAGUGGCCUUAUAAGGCGGUUGCCGAGGCGCUGGAGGUCAUCCCUAGGACGCUGGUGCAGAAUGCGGGUAAGAGCCCCGUCAGGGUGCUGACGGAGCUCAGGGCCAAGCAUGCCGAGGGGAAGCAUUCGUUUGGCGUGAAUGGGGAUACGGGUGCUGUUGUCGAUAUGAAGGAGUAUGGGGUUUGGGAGCCGGAGGCGAUUAAGGUGCAAAGUAUGAAGACUGCUAUUGAGGCCGCGUGUCUCUUGCUCAGGGUAGACGAUAUCUGCAGCGCCAGAAAGGCGCAGCCCGGCGUGGGGACCGGUGGUGCUGCGCAGGAUGAUUAG